AUGGCCUGCUUCGUUUGUUUCCUUUCUGUCCUGACUAUCCUAUCCUACUCGAAGCUUAAUUCGUGGGCCACGCAUCUGCCUGUCGAUGUCAACAAGCCCCAUACGUCGCAUGACCACGGUGAGGCCAAGCUGGGGGCCGUCACUUCGAUGAGUGCUCGCUGCAGUGAUAUUGGUAUUGAUAUUCUGCGAAAGGGCGGAAAUGCCGCAGACGCAAUGAUUGCGACAGAGUUCUGCGUAGGCGUGAUUGGAUUGGAAUCAACAGGCCUCAGCGGGGGAGGUUUCAUGGUCAUCAGAGCCCCGAAUGGGACCUAUGAGGCCAUCGACUUCCGCGAAACUGCUCCAGCUGCGGCAUUCGAGGACAUGUAUGUCAAUGAUGAAGAGGCUUCUUUGACUGGAGGGCUGGCUAGCGGUGUACCCGGUGAGUUGAGAGGAUUACAGCAUCUUUACGAGCGGUACGGGUAUUUGCCAUGGGCAGACUUGGUGGAACCGUCCAUCAGAAUCGCACGAGAUGGUUUCAUUGCAGAUGAGUCUUUGGUUGAAGUUUUCGAAGGGGUCGACAAUCCUGAAUUCCUUACGGAAGAUCCAGCUUGGGCAGUGGACUUUGCGCCGAACGGCACGCUGCUUGGGCUAGGCGAUACACUCACUAGGAAGAGGCUCGCAGCUGUGCUCGAGCGAGUGGCAAAGGAAGGUCCUGACGUCUUCUACGAAGGUGACAUAGCGGAAGCUACUAUUCGUGCUUUGCGGGCGACAAACGGAACAAUGACCCUAGAUGAUCUCAAGAAUUACCACGUCAUCGAGCGAGAGCCCAUGUCAAUCACUUAUCGUAACUUCAAAAUUACAUCUAUGGGAGCCCCUAGUGGCGGCGCGGUUGUCCUGAGCGUCCUGAAAACAGUCGAAGGUACACACAGACUAGAUGAAGCCAUUCGUUUUGCAUUCGGAGCGAGGACGGAGCUCGGUGAUCCGGCUUUCAUGAGUAACACUACUACUUUUGACGAAAAGUUAAUUUCUCCGGAAUAUCAUACAUUGCCAGUGUCAGCAUAUAAUCCAAGCGGCUUUGAAUCAAUUGAAACUCCAGGCACGUCUCAUGUUGUCACCGCCGAUGCAUCAGGUCUUUCGGUCUCUUUGACCAGUACAAUCAAUCUUUGGCUCGGAUCCACUGUUAUGGUGCCCGAAACCGGGAUAAUCAUGAACAACGAAAUGAACGACUUUUCCAUUCCUGGAGUUUCGAACGCUUUUGGCUAUAUCCCGUCACCUGCAAACUUUGUACGGCCGGAAAAGCGACCACUUUCGUCGAUGGCUCCCGUUAUCGUCGAGUUUCUCUCAAACAACACCCUCUAUUACGCCUUAGGAGGCGCAGGAGGCUCGCAUAUCAUCACGGCUGUAAUCCAAGGCCUUUGGAAUGUCUUGGAUCGUCGGAUGGAUCUUUACACUGCGCUCGACAUACCGAGAUUCCACGAUCAGCUAAUUCCAAACAACUUGGAACUUAAUUAUCGAUACAACAAUGCAACCGCUGCUUUCCUGAGAGGAUUAGGGCAUAAUAUCACUUGCGCUGAACGUGGAGCGGAUUUGAAUGCUCUCCGCCGCUUGCCAAAUGGCACUUUUGAAGCCGUAGGAGAACCUAACUUUGCACCGGCUGCUGGCUAUGCCACCUAAAGUACGUCGACUAAGAUGUCGGCCUGGUUGGUAGCUAGUGUGAGAGUCAUAGACCCGGCAAAGAGCAAGGACAAAAGUAUUCGAAUUACCAUAGCCGAGUAGGGACGUCGAGAGUACGUACAUGCAACAUACAAUCAUACCUGUCAUUUGCGCUC